GUUCGAUCUGCCUCCGCUUCGUUCCAGCAAUAAAGCGAAUCCUCCAUAGGGGAUUUGGAUCCUUUUCUUCCGUCGAAUUUUCGACUGAUGCAAGAUGGACGGAAGCCAGUACUGCAUCCUGUGGAACAACUAUCACGGUUCCCUGGUAAACACCCUCAGCGGCCUGCGACGAGAGGGCGACUUGGUAGAUGUGACUGUUGUCUGUGGAGAUGGAAAUAAGGUCCGCGCCCACCAGCUGAUCCUGGCCGCGUGUUCAACAUACUUUCGGGAUUUCUUGAGGGACAAUCCAUCCAAGCAUCCUAUCGUCCUCUUGCCGAUGGAGAUCCGGUACCCAGAGCUGAAGGCCAUGGUGGAUUUCAUGUACACGGGUCAGGUUUGUGUCAACCAGGAGCGUCUCCAGGCAUUUAUCAGGGGUGCUAGAUAUCUCCGGAUUAAAGGUCUGGAGGACAAUGCAGAUGACAGUGAUAUGGAGGAUUUAGCCCCAGAUAUGGAAAAUGAUAAGCCACCCUUGGGAGUUUCAACUGGCGGUGUGUCUGUGUCUGUCGGAAGUGGUGGGGAGUCUGGAGCCACGACUACCGUGAAAGGAAGAAGGGUAAAGGACCACAGAUACACUCAACAUGUUGAACUUGGCGAUUCUGAUGAAAACCGCGAGAAGUGGGAAGUGGUUGACCGCAAGCCAGUGAUUCUCCCCCGUGCCCAGCCUCCACCUCCCCCAGGUUCAGGGAUGAGGAGGAGACGCAGGGCCAGAUCAGCGCUUCGGAAGAGGGCCAUGCACCUGAGUAACCACAUAGUAUGUUACGAGCAGCGUACAGACGGUUCCGACGGAGGACAUGAGAGAUCAGAACCCAUCAACAAAAUAAGAAGAUUAGGUUCACCUGGACAUUUCCACGACAACGACUUGGACAUCUGUACUUGUACGUCACGCAAAAUUUGGUCAGUGAGAGACACAGAAGCGUUGCUCAGAGUCUGGCGAGAAACUCUUACGCAGGUCCCACCAUCGUACUUCAUUCGGUCGAUGGCUCUUUGCAAACGUGUCGCCAGGAGAUUGCAAGGUCGUGGCAUUCAGAAAAAUUGGAGACAGUGCCAGGUUAAGAUGAAGAACUUGCGCAGAGAGGUGAGACUAUACAAAGAAUCCGUUGGGAGAAACAAUUCUCGUAAGCCUUCAGAAGUGGCGACAGCCUGUGAGAAAUUAUUACCUGAUAUUGAAGACAUCUUUAACAAGGAGGAGGAGAUUCGACGGGAGUGGUACCAGAUGAGAGCAGAAGAGCGGCUAAAGGCAGAGGGGAGACUAGUGGAUGGAGAAGCAGCACCUGCUGAUAUCCUGGCCCAGGUUGCUGUCCUUGCCGACUCGGACUUGUGUGACGAAGAUACUGAUGCCCAGGAGUGUGUAGCGGGUGACGGGUUGGAAACGGAGGGCGAGGCUGGUGCUUUUACUGAGGGAGAAGGCUUCACUGAAGGCGAGGGAGGCUUUGAGGAGGAGGUCGACACACACACACACGUCGUACACACACAGGAUGACACGGCAGUCCACCACAUUGUUGAAGACGUUACAUUACAAGUUGUUACAAAACAGGAACCUCAGUCAGGCACAGAGAUUUAAAUGUCUAAAAGAACCUGGUAAGGACAGAAUAAUGAGGCUACAGUAGGUCCCAUGAGUUUGAGCAUCGGCACACUCCACUGGUGCACGGCAUUGAAUGAUACGUUCAUAGAGAGUUAUGUUAUUGCUUUAUCAUGUUGUCAUGAUGUCUUGUAUGUGACUUUUUCCCCCUUUCUCUCUCUCUAUUUUUCCCUUUUCUUUUUGAUUUAUGAAAGUUACAAGAAUUAUUGAAGGAUAUCAUAAUUGUAUUUACACUUUUUUAUGUACUGCUUGUCAAUUCCUUUAAUGCAUUUUAUUCUUGACGAAUAUACUAUCCUUUGCAUUUCAUCGAUUGAUGACCAAUCUGUUGUAUACUUUUCUGUCAAUAUGCUAUUUUUUUGUCACAUUUAGCUAUUUGUAUUUCAUUCUUUUCUUUUCAUUUUUAUGUAAUUUUGUUGUAUAUUGUUUUCAAAGCCAAAUAUAACAGUAAGGAAAGAAAUUGACAGGAAGAAUAAGCAGUAUUUAGAAGAGACUAGUUACAGUAUUUGAAAUGAGUCAUAAUCAAGAGAUAUUGUUUUUUAUAUAUAUAUAUUAGUAAUAUAAAGCACAUACAUAUAUCAGCUUUAAAGGCAUGCAUAUGAUAAGAAUAUGUAUAGGUAUUGUGAAAAAGUUUGCAGCAAAGUUUUGAGGCAACUGCACUACUUUCAGAAAAUUAAUUAUCAAUUUCUAGUUUCAGAAGUGUCAAAUUGUGUUUUUGAUAUAUAUUAUUACUCCGGUGCAUUUGAAAAAAAUUAAUAGAAUUGAAUAAAUUAUGUUAUUAUCAUAUUCAGACCGAGCUGGAAAAUGGUACUCCACACCUGGUCUUGCAUUUAUCAUAUACUGUGAGUUAUGAUUUGAAAAUAUACAGAUCUCAUUCUUU